AGGAAAGUCUGCUGAUUGCAGAACGCCACACAGCAGCCAGUACACGUCCCCGUGUGUGGGGCUGUAUACGGAAAACACGCUGCAGGAUACUUCUGCAAACUUCUGGGGCACAGGAAAAAGAAGCCUUUAAAUGAGCGAUAUCAGCUGGUGAGAAAGGCAUGUGGAUUACCUGGGAGGCCUGUGUAGCUUCUCAGUGGCAUCAGCUUUGCUGGUGACCCAAAUAGGAAGGUCUAAUUUUCCUCAUAUCGAAACAAGAAAAAUGUAAAUUACCGGCACUUUGGUUUCCCUUCCCAUGUUGACGUUUGUCAGUGUAGCACCUUGAUUAUUUAUUAUUUGCCUUUUCCCAGGUGACGAGUGCAGCUACUCUGCAUCCUGUCGCCUUCAUAACGCAGUCCUUUACCCAAGUUCUUGAGGAUUCUGUGAUCCUGUGUCUUUACCAUUUCAGUUUUGCUAGCUAUGUGGUGUGUGGAAGUCAAGGGACUCUUGGAAGUGGAAUCUGGGCUAACUCACGAGGAACGUAAACCUGUGCCCUUGAACAGAGUAGGUAACUCAUUACCUGCUAAAGAAGAUGUGCCCUCAUCCUUCUCAGAAGAACCGAUUAAGGAGGGGAACUACCCACCUAAGAGAUGGUCACCUUCCUCUUUCCCUAAAUGAGCUCGAGGCAGGGAGGCGUAAAGAGAAUUAUGGGAAAUGGGCAGGGAUGCUGGAGGAAGGAGGAUGAGGAUGAUGAUGCUGUGAGAAAGAGUCUUUAAUUCUCCUAGUUCAUCUUCUGCUUCCUUCCGUCUUUCCCUCUGGUUCUCCAAAUCUUUUUUUUUUAAUUGUGAAAAUACACCAAAACUUAUACCAAGAUAACUUCCACAUUUACAAUUGAGUGACAUUGAUUACAUUUUUCAUGUUGUGCCACCAUUACCAAAUCAUUUUAAAGUUCACUCUUUGGAUGCUGUUCAUCCCAUCAACACCCGUCAUUUAUUUGUCUAGGACGAGGCCGCUCCAAGAGCCUUCUGCGCAAAUAUGUUAACUUGUUGAAAUUAAAAGAAUCCCCUCCGGCCACUGCAAGACUGGAUUCUGGCUAUUGAGGCAUGCGUUAUGCAAAUCAGAAGAUCUGCACAUUCCUUCUUAAAGAUCCACCUACGAAUAAGGAAAUUGAUGUCGCCGUGGUGGACAUGAGUGAUGUCUCCCGACAGCCUUCCCUCUUCUACCAUCUUGGCGUCCGCGAAAGCUUCGACAUGGCCAAUAACGUGAUCCUAUACCACGACAUGGACGCCGACACUGCUUUCUCAUUGAAGGAUAUGGUAACACAGAAAAAUACAGCAUCUAGUGGAAAUUAUUAUUUCAUCCCGUACAUUGUGACGCCAGGCAAGGAUUAUUUUUGCUGUGAGAGCGAUGCCCAGAGGCGUGCGUCGGAGUACGUGCAUCCCAACCGGGACACCGUCCUAGGCCCACUGUGUGUGCCCCUGGUGGACAGGUUCAUUAGCCUCCUCAAGGACAUCCACGUAACCUCAUGUGCUUAUUACAAAGAAACCUUGUUGAAUGACAUUCGGAAAGCCAGAGAGAAAUACCAGGGUGAUGAACUCGCAAAGGAGCUGGCUCGGAUCAAACUCCGCAUGGAUAACACUGAGGUUCUGACUUCAGACAUCGUCAUUAAUUUACUGCUGUCCUACCGUGAUAUCCAGGACUAUGACGCGAUGGUGAAGCUGGUAGAGACACUGGAAAUGCUGCCUACGUGUGACUUGGCUGAUCAGCAUAAUAUUAAGUUCCACUAUGCAUUUGCACUGAAUAGGAGAAGCAAUGUGGGUGACCGUGAGAAGGCUCUUCAGGUCAUGCUCCAGGUUCUGCAGAGCUGUGACCGCCCAGCCCCCGACAUGUUCUGCCUGUGUGGGAGGAUCUACAAAGACAUCUUCUUGGAUUCCAACUAUAAAGAUUAUGCCAGCCGAGACAGUGCCAUUGAGUGGUAUCGCAAAGGGUUUGAGCUCCAGUCAUCUCUCUAUUCGGGAAUUAACCUUGCAGUUUUGCUGAUAGUGGCUGGACAACAAUUUGAAACUUCCAUGGAACUAAGGAAAAUAGGUGUCCGGCUGAACAGUUUGUUGGGACGGAAAGGUAGCUUGGAGAAAAUGAACAACUACUGGGAUGUGGGGCAGUUCUUUAAUGUAAGCAUGUUGGCCAAUGAUGCUGGGAAGGCCGUCCAGGCAGCCGAGAAGUUGUUCAAGCUGAAUCCUCCCGUCUGGUACCUGAGAUCAUUAGUUCAGAACAUAGUAUUAAUUCAGCGCUUUAAGAAAUCCGUCAAUGAAUAUUCACCCAGGCAAGAACGGCUUCACUUCUGGUUAGAUGUAAUUUUUGAAGCAACAAACGAAGCUACGAGUGGACUCCGAUUUCCAGUUCUGGUGAUAGAGCCAACCAAAGUCUACCAACCUUCUUAUAUCUCCAUAAACAGCGAAGCUGAGGAGAGAACGGUUUCUUUAUGGCACGUCUCACCCGUGGAAAUGAAACAAAUGCACGAAUGGAAUUUUACAGCCUCUUCCAUUAGGGGAAUAAGCAUAUCUAAGUUUGAUGAGCGGUGUUGUUUUCUUUACGUCCAUGAUAACUCUGAUGACUUUCAAAUCUACUUUUCUACCGAAGACCGGUGUAGUAGGUUUUGCUCUUUGGUCAAAGAGAUGAUAACCAAUGUGAUGGGCAGUACGGUGGAGCUGGAGGGAGAGACUGAUGGAGAUACCUUAGAGUAUGAGUAUGAUCAUGAUGUGAACGGAGAGAGAGUUGUGUUGGGGAAAGGCACCUAUGGGAUCGUGUAUGCUGGAAGAGAUUUGAGUAAUCGAGUGCGAAUAGCCAUCAAAGAAGUCCCAGAGAGAGAUAGCAGGUACUCUCAGCCUCUGCACGAGGAGAUCGCCCUACACAAGUACCUCAAGCACCGCAAUAUUGUCCAGUACCUGGGCUCAGUUUCAGAGGACGGCUACAUUAAGAUAUUCAUGGAGCAAGUGCCAGGAGGAAGCCUUUCAGCUCUUCUGCGAUCGAAAUGGGGGCCAAUGAAGGAGCCCACUAUCAAGUUUUACACCAGGCAGAUCCUAGAAGGCCUGAAGUAUCUCCACGAAAACCAGAUAGUGCACAGAGACAUAAAGGGUGAUAAUGUUCUGGUAAAUACCUACAGUGGAGUGGUGAAAAUUUCUGAUUUUGGAACCUCUAAACGUCUGGCAGGAGUCAAUCCGUGUACAGAGACUUUUGCUGGCACUCUGCAGUACAUGGCACCGGAGAUUAUUGAUCAGGGACCUCGAGGGUAUGGUGCCCCAGCUGAUAUCUGGUCCCUGGGCUGCACCAUCAUUGAGAUGGCAACCAGCAGGCCUCCGUUCCAUGAGCUCGGUGAACCACAGGCAGCAAUGUUCAAAAGUCCUUGUUUCAUGGCUACUCUGCCAAUGUGGAGGCCUCUCUCAACUCGUUCCUGCCUCACUGCCUACAUCUUUGUCAGCCCCUCCAGCUUGGCCUCUUCACCAGAAAGAAUUCAAAGGCAUGAGUGCAGGACGUUCAGCCCGCUCCGAGUGCUAUGUACUGUGGGGAUGUUUAAGAUCCACCCAGAGAUUCCAGAAGCCCUUUCGGCGGAAGCCAGAGCCUUCAUUUUAUCCUGUUUUGAGCCUGACCCCCACAAACGUGUCACGGCUGCUGGCCUGCUCAGAGAGAGUUUCUUAAGGCAGGUGAACAAGGGCAAGAAGAACCGAAUUGCUUUCAAGCCCUCAGAGGGGGCCCAAGCUGCUUCCCUGGCCCUGCCAACACUGGGGGAGAUAGCAGGCGGUGGUGGGGGCAGCAGCAGCGAGCACAGCUCCAUCUCCCCCAGCUCCAUCUCCCCUGACUCGGAGGCCCAGUGCGACGUGUUCUUCGAGAAGGCCCGUGGCCUGCCCUCCGAGGCUCCACCCAAGCACCACCUCAGUCACCUUCUCAGCGUUGCGGAUGAGAGCGCCACCCCGUCCCCGGAGGACAGGGACCCGGGCCUCUUCCUGCUGCGCAAGGACAGCGAGCGCCGUGCCAUCCUGUACAAAAUCCUGUGGGAGGAGCAGAGCCAGGUGGCUUCCAACCUGCUGGAGUGCGUGGCCCAGAGUUCAGAAGAGUUGCAUCUCUCAGUUGGCCACAUCAAGCAAGUAAUUGGAAUCCUCAGGGACUUCAUACGCUCCCCAGAGCACAGGGUGAUGGCGUCUACAAUAUCAAAGCUAAAGGUGGAGCUGGACUUUGAUAGCUCAUCCAUCAAUCAGAUUCACCUGGUACUGUUUGGAUUUCAGGAUGCUGUAAAUAAAAUUUUGAGGAACCACUUAAUUAGGCCCCACUGGAUGUUUGCGAUGGAUAACAUCAUCCGCCGAGCGGUGCAGGCUGCGGUCACCAUUCUCAUCCCAGAGCUACAAGCACACUUCGAGCCUACGUCUGAGAUGGAGGGGGUAGAUAAGGAUGGAGAGAUGGAAGAGGACUACCCUCCUGCAGACCCACGUGGAAGUGAAGUGCCUGCCACCUAUGGAGGGGACAGACCCGGUUCAGCAGCCUUCCAGGAGAUCCACCCCCACCAGCACCUGCGCUUCCAACUGGUCAAGCUCAGACAGGAGACUUCCAGACUUUUGGAACACCUGAUUCAGAGAGAGAGAGAGUACCAGAAUUUCCUACGGCAAACUCUGGAACAGAAAACUCAAGAAUUGUAUCAGCUCCGGUUACAUUUCCAAUCUAAUGGUAGUACGGAGGACCCAGCACCCCGUCCUGGGUUUCCCGGGCACAGAGGAGAUCAAGAGCUGGAAGACUGGCUGAAACUACAAGGAGCAGAUGCUGAGACAAUUGAAAAGAUUACUAAAGAGGGUUAUACACUUUAUAAUAUUCUUCACGACAUCACUAAGGAAGAUCUAAGAUGCAUUCGACUUCGUGGUGGCCUGCUCUGCAGGGUCUGGAAGGCUGUCUCCCAGUACAGAGCACGGGCUCGGGAGCCCCCCAAAACCGAGCAGGAGGCGGAAUCACAGCCAGGCCAGAGCAAUGCCAGCUCCCAGGGGCACCUGACAUCAAGGACAACCCAGAAAGGAACCACAGAAAUCCAUGAGGAGGGAAAUUAAAUGCUCUGCGUCUUAACUCCUGGCCAGAAUUUGGAAAAUUAUACAGCUGCUGCAAACUCUCUUUAGACCUUGCUUACCCCACCCCCAGUAUUUUAAAGAAACCCAAAAAGUGACAUGAAUAAAAUACUGUAUUCAACUGUUUCUGCCGUCCAAAAUUCAACUACUAAUCCCAAACAACCCCAAGAUAAAACCGAUAAAACCUAGGUUUUUUCUUAAAACUCGAUUGUCCACUAAUCGAUGGGACCAAGGAGGACACUACACAGAAGUUGGCUUUGGAUUAUAAAUCAGCCCGAGAUAGCCUGCCUCUUCUAGCUUAGCCCCAAUGCUAGCAUUGUCUAAAAGCAGUGAGGCAGGACUACAUUGAGGCAACAAAGCCAUUUAUGUACUUAAAAAGUUGUUGGGGGGGGGUGAAAUUUUGGGGAGACGCAAGCCAAUCUGGGAAGGCAGGACACUUCUUGCACAUCCUUGUCAGGGCCAUAAAUAGACUACCUGAG